AUCUCGCUGGUGGAGUUGUGGCGUUCGGCUGGUGGCAUGGACGUGGGUUUGGAGUCUGGCAUUGCUCGGAGCGUGGUGCAUCCCCGCGAACGAAGUGAACCUGCUGGAUUCUCGCUCUGUGAUGGGAGACCUUGGAUGGGUGGCCUAUCCGAAGAAUGGGUGGGAGGAGAUCGGGGAAGUAGACGAGGACUACGCUCCCAUCCACACCUACCAAGUGUGCCGGGUCAUGGAGCAGAACCAGAACAACUGGCUCCACACCAACUGGAUCCUGACCGAGGGCGCCCAGCGGGUCUUCAUCGAGCUCAAGUUCACACUGAGAGACUGCAACAGCCUGCCUGGGGGGGUCGGAACCUGCAAGGAGACGUUUAACAUGUAUUACUAUGAAACGAACGGAGAUGAGGAUGAAAUGGAGGAAGGAGAGAUGAGAGACGGAACGGGGAUCACGGAGGAGGAGGACAGGGCGAUGAAGGAGAGCAGGUACAUCAAAAUUGACACGAUCGCAGCUGAUGAGAGCUUCACCGAGCUGGACCUGGGGGACCGCGUGAUGAAGCUCAACACUGAAGUCCGCGACCUUGGUCCCUUAACCCACAAGGGCUUCUACCUGGCUUUCCAGGAUUUGGGGGCCUGCAUUGCGCUCGUGUCAGUGCGUGUUUUCUACAAGCGCUGCCCGUUUCUGGUGAAGAGUUUAGCCGAGUUCCAGGACACGAUCCCCGGCUCGGAGGCCUCCCAGCUGGUGGAGGUGGUGGGCCGCUGCGUCAACAACUCCCUGCCCCUGUACGAGCCUCCCAGGAUGCAUUGUAGCACAGAGGGAGAGUGGCUGGUGCCUAUCGGGAAGUGUGUGUGCCAGACGGGAUUUGAGGAAAUCAACGGAUCAUGCCAAGUGUGCAAAGUGGGGUUUUACCGCUCGCUGCUGGAGUCUUUGGCCUGCAGUAAGUGUCCACCCCACAGUAUGGCGAGGCAGGCGGGAGCCACUGCUUGCAGUUGUGAGGACGGAUACUACAAGAUUGACUCUGACCCUCCCAAUAUGGCCUGCACACGCCCUCCUUCUGCCCCACGCAAUGCCAUCUCCAAUGUCAACGAGACAAGCGUCUUCCUGGAGUGGUCUGUCCCCAUGGAAACAGGCGGCAGGAAGGACGUGCGCUACAACAUCCUGUGCAGACGAGUUCUUCCAGACGGAAGGGGCUUGGAAGAAUGCGGCCCCAAUGUGCGCUUCUUGCCACGCCGUGUCGGCCUGACAAACACCUCAGUGAUGGUGGCCGACCUGCAGUCACACACCAACUACAGCUUCCUGCUGGAGGCUGUCAACGGGGUGUCAGAGCUGGCCAAAGACCAUGCAAAGCAGUAUGUGUCACUCAAUGUGACGACCAAUCAGGCAGCUCCCUCCCCAGUGAGUGUGGUGAGGAAAGGCCUCACAGGGAAGAGCAGCAUCGCCCUUUCUUGGGCAGAGCCUGAUCGCCCCAACGGCAUCAUUCUGGAGUACGAGAUCAAGUAUUUUGAAAAGGAGCAGGACUCCAGUUACACUAUUAUAAAGUCCAAGGAGACGGAGAUGGAGGUGGAAGGCCUGAAGCCCUCUUCUGUCUACAUCUUCCAGGUGCGAGCCAGGACCUCAGCAGGCUACGGCGCAUUUAGCCGACGUUUUGAAUUCCAGACCAGCCCUUACUUAACAGCCACCAGUGAGCGAGCUCAGGCUUGGAUAGUGGCGGUGGCCAUCACGCUGGCUCUGGUCCUCCUGGCAGUAGUUGCUGGAUUCCUGCUCAGUGGACGGCGGUGUGGCUACAGCAAAGCAAAGCAGGAUCCUGAGGAGGAGAAGAUGCACUUCCACAACGGUCACAUCAAGUUCCCGGGGGUGCGUACCUACAUUGACCCCCUCACCUACGAAGAUCCCAACCAGGCAGUGCACGAAUUUGCCCAGGAGAUCGACGUCUCGUUCAUCUCCAUAGAGAGGAUCAUCGGAGCUGGGGAGUUCGGCGAGGUGUGCAGCGGACCGCUGAGGCUGCCGGGGAAGAGAGAGAUCCAGGUUGCCAUUAAGACCUUGAAAGCGGGCUACACGGAGCAGCAGAGACGUGACUUCCUGUGGGAGGCGUCAAUCAUGGGCCAGUUUAACCAUCCGAACAUCAUCCGUCUGGAGGGCGUGGUCACCAAGAGCAAGCCAGUGAUGAUCAUCACUGAAUACAUGGAGAAUGGAUCACUGGACACUUUCCUCAAGAAAAAUGACGCUCAGUUCACCGUCAUCCAGCUGGUUGGCAUGCUGCGUGGAAUUGCGUCUGGCAUGAGAUACCUGUCCGACAUGGGCUAUGUUCACCGAGAUCUUGCAGCCCGAAACAUCCUGGUCAAUAGUAACCUGGUCUGCAAAGUGUCUGAUUUCGGCCUGUCCCGAGUCCUGGAAGACGACCCGGAGGCUGCGUACACCACGCGGGGCGGGAAGAUUCCUAUUCGCUGGACGGCUCCGGAGGCGAUCGCGUACAGGAAGUUCACCUCGGCCAGCGAUGUGUGGAGCUACGGGAUUGUCAUGUGGGAGGUGAUGUCAUACGGAGAGAGGCCAUACUGGGAGAUGUCCAAUCAAGAUGUAAUAAAGGCGGUAGAGGAGAGCUAUAGGUUGCCAGGUCCUAUGGACUGCCCUGAGGCUCUUUACCAUCUAAUGAUGGACUGUUGGCAGCGAGAACGCAGCAACCGGCCCAAGUUUGAUGAGAUCGUCUGUCUACUAGACAAACUCAUUCGCAACCCCAGCUCAUUAAAAAAACUGGUCAACUCCUCACACAGGGUUUCCAACCUGUUAGUGGAGCAUGCCAGUGUAGAAGGGAGCUGCAGCACUCGGAGCCAGACAGUAGGGGAGUGGCUCGACUCCAUCAAGAUGGGCCGUUACACUGAGCUCUUCAUGGAAGGAGGUUACUCUUCACUUGAGACGGUGGCUCAGAUGACAUCAGAGGAUCUGCGGCGAGUAGGAGUGAACCUGGCUGGACAUCAGAAAAAAAUCAUCACUAGUAUUCAGGAGAUGAGAGUCCAUAUGAACAACACCAGCUCUACCGUAAACAUCUGAUGCAUAUGUACAGGCACGCACACACACGCGCAUACACACAUAUGUAAACAUACACACGUUAUAAGGACCUAGUAUGUGAAGAAAAGACUCAGAUUUGCUGUUGGACCUAGAGCGGCUUAGCACUUUCUUCGGACGAGGAGACACAGUGUUUAUGGAUCCAAACUGGAGGAUCCACAUGUUUGUGGUUCUUGUGUGUGGAGUUUGCUUGUGGUGUCAUGGCGGAUAUUUGACAUCGCGGCACUAAAACCAGACUGGACUGAGUGGUGCAACACGAGGGGACGAUGAUGGUGAGCUAAACUAACUGGACUCGAGUGAAGACUUUUCAUUCUAAUUAUUCCAUUUGUGUGACUCUUGGGGAUUCUGAUAUCUCUGCGCACUGUUUGGAUUCUCUCAGAUCGAAUCAUGAAACACUGAUUGCAGACCAGCACUUUUUCGGCUGUAUCACAGAAAUUUGGAGUUUCAUGCGGCGGGGCUCAAACUGAACUUUUUCAGCCUGUCUCAGGAUGUCUGAACCCAGUGGAUCUGAACAGCACUGACAUUUUCAGUUGAAUUGAACAGUUGAACUGAAUAUCAUUCUCAGGCAGGACACCCAUGUAAUAAUGGACCAAGAGCAAAAUCUUCAUUAGUUUUUAGUCUUUGCUUUGCUAUGCUAAUGUGCUUUGGAUUUUGUUGUUGACCUUUCGUCUUCGUGCGACAAGACUACAGUUGUAAUCAAGCUGUACAUCUCACAGAUAGACUCAUAUUCAACAUCAUACACUUUCUUGUCUUCCAAAGCAAUGCAAGGCAAGACUACAUAUUGCAACUGUCAUUGUUUAAAGAGGCCUAAAUGUAAUUACAGCAAAGUCCGUGACAAGGAACCCUCCAGAGUCUGGCUUUGUCUUGAAGGUUUACUUAAACCUUUAAAAGUGUGAAUGAUACAAGGCUUUAGGCAUUAGGGGCUCUUCAUACCUGGCAUGAACAUCCAUCUCAAGUGAUCCAAUCACAGCUAAUACAGAUAGCACACAUACAUCUUGCAGACGUCCGCCUGACAAAUAGAAGUUACGUUGGAAAGACAUAGCACGGGGAGUGUUUGCCAAUUGGGAAGACGUUGGUGAGACGUCGGCGUUUAGUCAACAUAUCGCCAACAUCUUUGGAGUCAUUGAGAUCUGAUUGCUCUAUCUGUGAUACAUUGUGUACACUGUCCCAGCGAUGUACAUGUUUAUUUGUCUCUAGAGCAGGGAAGUGUGAUCCAGUCACAAGUGGGCAAUGGAGACACAUGUCAUGAGUGACGGACUUAGAGCUGUCCACUUGUGAGCGGAUCACCCAGGAUGGACAUUAAUACUACUGUAGUACAAACAGGCUCCAGGAUACUCUCUGUAUCUGUUCCUCUGGCUGAAUGUAUAGCAGUACACAGAACACUACGCUUGGCUGCUGCAUCAACCUAUUACCUUGAUAUGUGAAUGCUGUCAAUAGGGAUAGAAUGUGGCAAUAGAACCACUCUGGUCCUUAAACUGAGCUUUUGAAUGAAGCUGCAGAUUGUGUAAGAGAUUAAGCUUUCCAUCCAUUCCAUUCCAUUUGCUCUGAUAAUCUAGGAAUCUCCACUGAGAUCUUGAUGGGUUCCUACAGGACUCGCUAAUCUAGUUUCUUUCAGUCUCUAUUUCCUUGCAGUAACAUCACACAAUCAAAUCAGUUUCACAGCUUCACUCAGUCUCGCAGAAUCUUUGCUCAGACACUUAUGCAUCCUGCACCCAUAUUCUGAGGAACCUUCAAAAAGGUUCUACAUCGACAUUCAGACUGAACUUUUACACAGGUUCUAAUCUCACAUCAUCUGUGGAGUCGCUUCCAGUAGGAUUGAGGUGGAAUACUCAAUCCACUGGAAUGACAUUCAUGGAAAUUCAUGGAAAGUUCAGUCCAUCCUGAUGGGACAGGAACAAGACUAUCAUGGAAAGGAUCUCCAAUUUCUAGUGGGACUGUUUACUGAUAUUCUAAUGGAACCAUUACUCAGAUUCUAAUGGAAUCUCUUGAAGGAUCCCAACGCAGCCUUCACUCCAGAGUGCACUCAGAUUUUCAUGGAGCCUUCACUUUGAAACCAACCUUCAGGUACCGCCGAAAACCCUCAGCAAUCUUUUCAGUUCACCAGAGUCUCUCUCCACCACAUGUCGGCCACACCACAAUAAACCUCACUCUCACGGGACUGCUGAAAAUAAGGAGGCACUAUUGAUCAACUUGAUAAUCAUUUAUUUAUUUAUACUUUGUUUAAAAAAAAAAAGAGCAAAAAUGAUGUAGACCGUUUGUGUUUCAUCAUGAUACUCUUGGACUACUGAGCAGCUCUGCCUACAUGUCUUUCAUGUAUAUAAUGUAUUAUAUAUUUAAAGCAGGGAACAUUGUUCUUCUGUCUACCAUCAUGUGGACACGGUGGUAUUGAUCAAGCAUCUCAGAGUAGUACACAUUAGUAAAUGGUGACAAAUAUUCUAAAUCAGCAUUCCUGAGACUUGGACCUUGGCCACUGUCGAGGGUUAGGGCGACCAGCACAUCUGUCCCCAUAUAAGGGUGUCCUUAAAGGAAUGCAGAAUUAUCAGAUAUUCAUGUUAUGUUGUUGGUGAUUGUGUUUCUUUUCAAGUUUCAAUUCAAGACCUAGAAAUAUUUUCAGCGGCCCUAAAUGAGACGGCAAAAAUGAGUUGUCUCUAAAAUUCAGAGAAGUGUGCACAGGGAUUGAUAUAUGAACUUGUGGUAUGGUUUAAAGGUAUACAAUGAUGUCAAUGAUCAAGCCCUUGCUUAUUUCCCUUGGGUAUGGUGUGUUAUAUAUUGCUACUCAGUGCUUUAUUGCUAAAACUUGACCCUUUUCACCGUUAUGUUCAAUGGAGCAGGAACUGAGUUCUGACAAUAUAUAUAUAUCCUCUUUGCAGAUGACAUGCUAAUAUUUUUCUUGGUUGCACACAGUGUACCACUAGUGCUGUGGCGUUAGAGUGGGAACGAAAUGAGAUUGUAGAGCUAGUUUUAUAAGAGGUGGUAUCACUUGACUGUAUUGAAGAGCAUAGAAAAGCACAUAAGAAGAAUGUAAAGGUUUUAAAGGGGUAUUUCACUUUUUUAAAGAACAUCUUUCACUUUUAAACACUCAGACCAGCCUCUGAGUUCGAGAAGAGUCGAGGUUAAAGGCUUCACUGGUGGUAAUAAAAUGCCUCAUUUGGAGCAUUUAAGCUUUUCCACCUCCUCAAAAGAUCAAGAGAAUGUGAGUGAGCAAAAGUCAGAAGUGUUAUUCUAUAUGUGUUUUUAAAAGUCGAAAUGUUCUACCAGAGUGAAGGUUUGCUUGAAAGAUAAAUAUCUGCAUAGUCUCUUCAGUCUACAUUGAUCUUUUUGGAGCUUGUAUCCUCAUAGAAUAUGUUGUAGUUGUAAUGGUGGGCAACGGUAGCCCUCUAGAAGUAUUAAAUGUGUGGUUUGUAUCAAUGUUUAAGCCACAGUCUACUUGUUUUUUUUAUUCAAGCGGGUUUUAUUCUCAAAAAUGCCACCAAGUCUUUAUAUACUGCUUGUAGACUACUGUGGCUAUGCAGAUCUUUAAUUUAGCGGGGGAAUGCAUCAAUAAUGGUGCACCUUUUAUAUUACACAAUAUAAGGCAUGUACAGUGAAAGUAAUUGUGCUGGGUGGUUUUUAAUUCACCACCCAGCAUGUUUUCAAUUGAGGCUUCCUCAGUCAUAUGAAUACCAUGGGUGUCUGAUGAGGUUUCACAGUGUUUAGAUCCUGCCCAAAUUUCGUGUUAUUGGCUUUUUACAACCACCCUUUUCAACUUGAUUUUCAACUUAAAACUUAUGCCUGGGGGCAUGAACAAUUGGUGAAUAGUACACCCUUAUAAGUGCCUCUCAUCUUUCAAGCACCAUUAUUUCCUCCCGCCAAAAUGCUAUGCCCCAAUUGUGCCCCAACUUUCUAUGUAUUUACUUUUUGCCAACAAUAUCUACAGGCAAUAAGAAGAAUGUCAGACAAUGUGUAUGUUGGAACUAAUUUAAUUUGCACUUUAUGAGAAAUCUGUUGCCCUUUUUGUUUGACUAAAAUGUCUAUAGAUGACUGACUUUUUAGUGUCAAAGCUUUUCUUAAUAAUUUACCAUAGAAUUCCAUAAUUACUGUGUUCCAGAAUGCUGAUUAUAUCACUUCAUAUUCUCAAUGCUUCCCAUGGUGUAAUAUUUGACAGUUAAGCACAAGGCAUUGGUGAUAUUUUUCAAAACAAAUCAAAGCUAUAUAAAUAUAUAUAUACAUAUGGAAAACUAAAGUACGUUAAUGUAGAGCACCAUUUUUCUCGUGUAUGGCACAAUGAUACACCUUCAGAACAUAAGCACAGGGUUUGACAGGAAUCUUUUAGGACAGUGAGCGGAUGAUACAGUUUUGUACUAAGGUCAAUAGCACUAGCCCUUCAUGUCAACAAAUUCGAGCCAGAGAUUUUUUCGAGUGUUUGUGGCAUUUCAGCAUUACCACUGCUAAAUACAAAAAGUGUGAAAACGGUUAUUGACUUGUUGUCAUUGCAAACGACGACAGAUAUACAGUUUAGCUGAUACGCGUUACUGUGCAAAAUAUUGUCAUUAAUUCAAAUAAUCAAUUCUCAGCACUUUUGCAAUGGCAUGAUGUUAUCCUGGCCGUCAUUUAUCAAGCAGUUCUCAUUUAGCGGGAAGAAACAAAGCACAGCAAACCAGCAGAGACUACAUUUAUUGAUGUGUUGUUACUCUACAAUGGCUGUCAGCUUGAACUCCUCCAACCAUGCAGUGAAGUGUUUAUGCAGGAGCCAAUUUCUGUGUGUCAGAUUAAGUAACAUAAUCCGUUUGAUGUAACAUCAGAAUCAACAACUUUGUUGUUUUAGAUUGACUUUCAGAAGAGGGUAAUCUAAUUACUGUACAUCGAUAUACACACAUUUCCAUAACAAGUUACAUAACAGAGUUUGCUGGAAUUGGCUCUGUGAUAAAAUCACUGCAUGAGGCCCUUGAAAGGAGGUUUGAAUUCUAGCAAAUGUACUAAAGCAAUACCUGAUAUUUAAGCAAAAAAAACAUAUUUGCAUACACAAAUGCUUGAGGAUGUAACAAGCGUAACAGGAUCCACUGACAUCUGAUGUUGAUGAUGAUGAUGAAAAGCAUAUAGUUGGUGUCUAUAAAACAUCAGAAAUAAUCCAGAGAAGUGGGCGGGGUUAUGUCCAUAUGUUCUCCUUUCUCUGACAAAAUUCAGUGGCCCGCCCACUUCAUAACUGUAUAAGUUAACUUCUCAGGAAGUGGAAAAUAGGUACAUUUAUUGGGUCAUGACACAUCUGGUCUUAGGGAAAAAAUGUGCAGCUUUCACUCUAAGUGUCAACAUACAAAAGCAGGUAUGCAGUUAUUUGGUUUUCCCCAGGUCAAAGACAAUGAUCAUGUUAUCAGUAACUCACACACAAGGUUUUAAAUGACUGAAUAACAGUUUUGUGAUUCUUCGAAAGCACAGCAAAAAUACUUAGCUAUUGAUGUGCUAUUGGUUUGUCUUUGAGACUGUCAUGUAUUAUGUUUGUGUUGAUGUUUUUGUAGUGUGUUAUCAAAUUCUAUAUUUUUGCAAUAAAACAUUUUUAAAAUGUC